AUGGCAGAAUCAUUAGAAGAGAUAUUGGGCAGUCUUCGGCAGAUAAGCCUGAGCAAGACCAAGUACGAAGAUCAGCCAAUUGUGCCGAGUACUAAAACCAAGUUCAAAGUUGAAGAAGAAACAGAGGAGAGUGUGAAUGAAAGCAUCGAGGAUCGGUACCUCAGCCCCAAAAAUGUGCUUCCGUGGGAUCUUUUGGAUGAAUUCCAGACCGUUCCGGAAGUGGAUGGCGACAGAAAGAACUCGUUUUACCGCUCAUUGAUGGCAGAUCCUGUAUUGACAGAUCGGACACAGAUCCAGUCUAGAAGGGAAGGAAUCGCGGGAUCGGUCGUUUCAUAUGAAGAGAAGUUCGACAGGAAGUUGGCCACAUCGUCUUUGUUGGCCUCUGCAUCGUCUUCGAUGAACAGGCGGUAUGUUUCAGGCGGGACGAGUUUCAAUGGAGUGAUUAAAGGCACACCAUUUAUGGAAACGGGCGAGAUGGAGAAGCAGCAGGCAGAGAGGGCGGCAAAGGCCACCAGGCAUCUCCACCGGGAUGAGCACGGGUUGUUCGAUGUGCCGGAGGGGUUUGAGCGGGGCUUAAAGCUGGAAAGAGAGCAGCCACAGGCGGAAAUAGCGGAUGAGUUGGCUAAGGAGGGGGGUAUGGGAGAUGAGAAGGCAGGAAAGGAGCUUAAAGGAGAUGAAACAGCAGAAAAUGAACCUCUUGAAAGUGAUGCAGAAGACACCAGCAAUGAUGAAGAUGAGCUUUUCCAGCCGGACGGAGACGGGUCGUCGUCCGCUAGCGACACAGAGGGGGAGAAGCUCGAUUUGGAGAUAUCGCGGAUCAUCCCAAGCGGAACCAUCGUGAGACCAAAGCAGAUUCCGGAUUCGUCGGGUACGGCAUUUUCCGGCGGAAUGGAGAGGAAAGAAUGGGCACAUGUUGUGUCGUUGGACCGGAAAAUCGAAAACUUCGAGGAGCUCGUUCCGCAUCCGGCUCGCACUUGGCCAUUUAAGCUGGACACGUUUCAGCAAGAGGCCAUUUACCAUUUGGAGCAGGGUGACUCGGUUUUCGUCGCGGCCCACACAUCGGCGGGAAAAACAGUGGUUGCAGAGUAUGCGAUCGCGAUGGCACAGAGAAAUAUGACCAAGGCGAUAUACACGUCACCAAUCAAGGCGUUGAGCAACCAGAAAUUCCGGGAUUUCAAGGGCAGCUUUGACGGGAUGGAGGUGGGAGUGAUCACGGGAGAUGUUCAGAUCAACCCGGAUGCCAACUGCUUGAUUAUGACGACGGAGAUUUUGAGAUCGAUGCUAUAUCGGGGCGCCGACACUCUCAGAGACGUGGAGUUUGUGAUUUUCGAUGAGGUGCACUACGUGAACGAUGUAGACAGGGGUGUGGUGUGGGAGGAGGUUCUCAUCAUGCUUCCCCCGCACAUUAAGGUGAUCCUGCUUUCUGCCACCGUUCCGAACACGUACGAGUUUGCAUCCUGGGUGGGCAGGACUAGGAGACAGGAUAUAUACGUGAUAUCGACUCCAAAGCGGCCUGUUCCGCUUGAGGUGUAUCUCUGGGCCCGGGACAGACCGUACAAGGUGAUUGAUGCGAACCGGAAGUUUCUCGAGAAGGGGUUUGCGGAGCACAGCCGGGCGUUGUUGAUGGGGAAGAGUAGUGGAGGAGAUAGAGGGGGGAGAGGGGGAAGAGGAGGUGCAAGGGGUGGAAGAGGUGGAAGAGGUGGAAGAGGAGGUGCAAGGGGUGCAAGAGGAGGUGCAAGAGGAGGUGCAAGGGGUGUAUCUCGUGGUGGAGCAUCAGGGAGACCCGGCAGAUCAUACAACGGCCCCACAAAGAACACAUGGCCAACAGUGGUGAACUACUUGCGGAAAAAUACGCUUCUUCCAGCGGUGGUUUUCGUGUUUUCCAAGCGGAAAUGCGAGGAGUAUGCGGACUCGUUGAGUGGAAUCAACUUCUGCUCGGCAAAAGAAGCUUCCGAGAUCCACAUGUUCAUCGAUAAAGCUGUUUCGAGGUUGAAAAGGGAGGACCGGGAGCUUCCGCAGAUCAUGAGGAUGAGAGACAUGUUGAAGAGAGGAAUCGGUGUCCAUCACGGAGGACUCUUGCCGAUUGUGAAGGAGGUGGUGGAGAUAUUGUUCUCAAAGUCACUCAUCAAGGUUUUGUUUGCAACUGAGACGUUUGCCGUGGGUCUAAACCUCCCAACCAGGACAGUUGUGUUCAGUUCGAUCAGGAAACACGACAACGUGAGCUUCCGGUACCUUCUGCCCGGUGAAUUUACGCAGAUGUCGGGCCGUGCGGGAAGAAGGGGCAUCGACACCAAGGGCACGGCAAUAAUCAUGUCGUACACAGAGCCGUUUACCCGCAAAGUGCUCAAGGACACGACACUCGGCACACCGACAAAGCUCUCGUCACAGUUCCGGUUGACGUACACGAUGAUCUUGAAUCUUCUCCGGAUCGAGGCCUUGAAGGUGGAGGACAUGAUCAAGCGGUCGUUUGGUGAAAACGCGUCGCAGAUGAUGAUCCCGGAGCAGCAGACGGAGAUCUUGAAGUUACAGAAGGAGCUUGAGGACCGGUACAAGGUGACGAUGGAUGUCGAAGUGUACAAGAAGCUCGAGGCGUUCUGCCGGGUCAACAACCGGUAUGCGGAGACGUACCAGCGGUUGAUCCGUGCCCUGGACUCGUCCAAGCAGCUUUUCAUGCUUUUCCGUGCCAACCGGCUCGUUGUUUACCGGGAUGCCGACGGGAUCUCGAUGCCGGCCAUUGUAACACACUUGUUUGGCAAGGACGGCACGGUGACCUGCAUUCUGUUCCGGAAACGCGGCAAGGAAGGUGGUCCGGGCCGGGAGAUGAACUUCAGCUUCAAUCCGGCACUCGGAGCCAGCUUCAACGAGUCGCACUUCGUCGAUUGGUCGCGGAUGCACAAGGUGUACGUCGGAAAGAUAUCAGUGAGCAGCAUUGUGUUCAUCAGUGACCGGACUUUCGACUUCCGGAUCCCCAACAUCCCGCCAAAGCUGCAGUCGAGGUUCUUCGAGGCCUUGAAGCAGCGAUUCCUAUGGAGAGAGGUCGACUGGACCAAGCCGAUGAUCCCGCAGACGAUCGAGUUGGUCACGGAGCACGAGCAGCAGCUCAAACAGCUCAUUGACAUGCUGCAGAACCGCGAGCUCGUCCAGCUCGUGGACAGAAAGAAGGACUAUCGGUUUGUGUGCGACCGGAUCGAAGUCUUGGACCGUAUCGAGAGCUUGAAGAAGUCCAUGAGUGGUGGGAACCUCGAUCUCUUGCCCGAGUACGAGCAGAGGCUUGAAGUGUUGAAAGUUCUCGGCUAUGUGAACCCGGGAGAGCUCACUGUCACACUCAAGGGACGUGUGGCCUGCGAGAUCAACUGUGGCUGGGAGUUGCCGAUCACUGAGCUCAUCUUUGACAAUUUCCUCGGUGACUUUACUGCUGAGGAGAUCGUUGCGUUGAUCUCGUGCUUUGCCUAUUCGGGACGGCACAGAGAGAACGAGGAGCCCGAUCCGGUCAAGCUUUCCACCCCCCGUCUCGAUCGGGGCUACCAGAAGAUCUCGAAAAUCAUGCAGUCAUUAACUGAGAUCUACGAGCAGAAGCGCAUCACCAUGACCUCCGAGGAGGAGACCUUUUUGGAGUGCAACCGGUUCGGAUUGGUCAACACUGUGUACGAAUGGGCCAGGGGCCAGUCCUUCAAGGAAAUCAUGCUUAAUGCAAACGAGGCCGACGAGUCUGAGGGCACUAUAGUCAGGGUUAUCACCUCCUUGGACGAGAUAUGCCGGCAGGUGAAGAACGCCGCUUUGAUUAUCGGAGAUUCGGACCUCCAUGCCAAGAUGUCUGACGCCCAGGAGAGGAUCAAGCGUGAUAUUGUGUUCUGUGCCUCGCUAUACUUGUGA